GCAUUCUAGUGGGAAAAUGUUGUCUAUAAAUAGUGUUGUGCGCCUUAUUAAAUUCACAUCACGAUGGAGGAUCAAGUUGUUGCGUUUGGCGUGGGAUUGCUCUGCCUGCGGAGAAGACGUCGGAGAUCGGUGUGGGUGCAUGACAUUCUCCAAGCCCGUCAGCAGCUUGGAGAAUAUCACCGGCUGGUGCAGGAGCUGCGGCUGGACGACGGCAGGUUCCAGCGAUAUUUCAGGCUGGAUAGGGACCAGUUUGACAACCUGCUGUCAAAAGUGGGGCCGCGAAUUGCGAGGCAGGACACCAGUUAUCGGCGCGCAAUUGAGCCGGCUGAGCGCCUCGCAAUUUGUCUACGAUUCUUGGCCACUGGAGACUCCUACCGCACCAUAGCUUUCAGCUAUCGUGUGGGAGUGAGCACCGUAGCAGGGAUUGUUGGAGAGGUCGCCAGGGCAAUAUGGGAUGCCUUGGUGCAGGAGGUCAUGCCAGUCCCCACCACUGAGGACUGGCGAAGCAUCGCCACUGACUUCCUCCAUUGGUGGAACUUCCCCAACUGUCUUGGGUCCAUCGAUGGAAAACAUGUUGUGAUCAAGGCCCCUGACAACUCAGGGUCCCUGUUCUUCAACUACAAGGGGACUUACUCAGUUGUGCUCCUGGCAGUGGUAGAUGCCCAGUACUGCUUCCGGGUAGUCGAUGUGGGGAGCUACGGGAGGACAAGUGAUGGCGGUGCGCUGGCUAACUCCACUUUCGGCCAGGCACUACGAGAUGGGACCCUUGGCCUGCCACAGGAUGCUCUGCUGCCAAGUGCAGAGCAUUUGGGACCCCAGCCACACGGGUUUGUGGCUGAUGAAGCCUUUCGAUUCCGCCGAGAACUCAUGUGGCCUUUCCCAGGACACAAUCUCUCCAGCAGGCAAAGAAUCUUCAAUUACAGGCUGUCACGGGCAAGGCUGAUUGUUGAGAACACCUUUGGUAUUCUCACAGCUCAGUGGCGUAUGUACAGAGGAGUCAUUGAGAUCAGCCCUGCCAACGUGGAUGCCUGUGUGAAGGCUACCUGUGUCCUGCACAACUUCCUGAGAAGGUCCACAAACAGCACCAGUACGUCCAUACCAUCAGCUGGAGACGGAGAAGCUGCUGGUCUACAGGAGGUCACCCGAGUGGGCAGCAACAACCCCACACGGGAGGCUAUCCGUGUCCGGGAGAAAUUGAUGACCUAUUUCUCCACAGAGGGAGCUGUCCCCUGGCAACCUGUGGCAUAAGCCUUUGCUUUUAACGGCUCUUUUAAGAGCCACAAAUUAGUCAAAAAAAAAGCAUGAUUUCCAUAAAUAUAAUAUGACAACACCCGCUCUCCCCUGGUGAAAAAAAUUACACUUCCAUAAUGUACUUAAAGUGCUCUACUUUCAUGCACUAAUUUUGUACUUAAUAUACUACAAAUUCGUCUUUAGUAGUUCUUAAGGACAUCCAAGUGUACUUAACUAUGCUAUUUGUGAGACACCAUGAAUAUGAACUAAAAUGUGCUGAAAAUGUAUUUAGAAAAUGUGUUUAGGUACCACUUGAAACUCUUUCAUACAAAGUGGUAACUAAAUAUAUUUUUUAAUAAAAAGACAGUACGUAAAAAGCACAUUUUAGUUCAUAUUCAGGGUGUCUCAUAAUAGCACAGUUGAGUACACUUAGGUGUUCUUAAGAACUACUAAAGAA